GACUCUCUACUCUCCCAUUAUUUGACUGGCUGCAGGUAUUGGUGUCUGCCUCCGUGCGUGCGUGUGCGUGUCAGCGCGCGCAUGUGUGUGUGCGGGACUGUGGAUGAGUGUGUAUGUGUGUGUGUGUGUCUGUGACAGAGAGAUAAAGAGAGAGAGAAAGAGGAGCAGCGUUUCAUCUUCCCCCCCUCUGGCCUCCCCGUCUCCCUGCUCCCUGUCACUCCGUCCUUCCUUCCCUCCCGGACCACCCCGUCAGCGGCUGCGCCGGCCCGGACCCUCCACCCAUCACCCCCUUUGACUCUCCUCACUCCACCGUCCCGCCUUGUCAACUGCAGAAUCAUCCCUUCAGAAACAGAAGAAGAAGAAGAAGAAGAAGAAGGAAGCCUCUACAUAGAUCUGCAAAUCCCUUUAAAAGAAAAGAAAAGCAGGGCUUAGGUACAACUGCACUGGACAGCCUGAAUUCUCCCCAGUUUCCUGGAAGUGUGACAGCACUAGGUCACAUGACCUGGAAGAGAAAACCCAGGAGACCUUUUGGAUCCCUUUCUGAAUGGGCCAGUUAUCAACCUGGAAAGAAGUCUAAAGGCUGAUGUGCUGAUCUGCACAGCGACACAGCUGCGCUCUGUCUCUCUUCCCUCCUCCUCCUCCUCUUCCUCUUCCUCUUCCUCCACGCCAAGUCUGCCUAACCCUCGCCAUUUAUGCCCUGAGAGCCGCAAACUCCGGUGACUGGUUGGCUGCCAUACCAUCUCUCUCUUCCUGCUCCUGGGGAUUUGCUGUCACGUGAUCACACUCCUGCUUCUCCUCCAAUCCCAGAAUGGAACCCGGCAAAGUGCAGUCAGAGGGCGGGCUGAAUGUCACCCUCACCAUCCGCCUCCUCAUGCACGGAAAGGAAGUUGGAAGCAUCAUUGGAAAGAAAGGGGAAACUGUGAAGAAGAUGCGUGAGGAAAGCGCUGCUCGCAUUAACAUUUCGGAGGGGAACUGUCCAGAGAGAAUCGUCACCAUCACAGGACCCACAGAUGCCAUUUUUAAGGCUUUCGCCAUGAUUGCCUACAAGUUUGAAGAGGAUAUAAUCAACUCCAUGAGCAACAGCCCGGCCACCAGCAAGCCUCCCGUUACCCUCCGGCUGGUGGUCCCAGCCAGCCAGUGUGGCUCUCUCAUCGGGAAGGGAGGCUCCAAGAUCAAAGAGAUGAGAGAGUCCACAGGAGCUCAGGUGCAGGUUGCUGGAGACAUGCUGCCCAACUCCACAGAGCGCGCCGUGACAAUCUCGGGCACCCCUGAAGCCAUCAUCCAAUGUGUCAAACAGAUAUGUGUGGUCAUGCUGGAGUCCCCACCGAAAGGUGCCACCAUCCCUUACCGCCCAAAGCCCGCCUCCACCCCCGUCAUUUUUUCAGGUGGCCAGGUAAGAGCCGACCCGCUGGCGGCGUCCGCAGCCAAUCUCAGCCUUUUACUGCAGCACCAGCCACUGCCUGCUUACACAAUUCAGGGACAAUAUGCCAUUCCACAUCCAGAUCAGUUGACCAAGCUCCACCAGUUGGCUAUGCAGCAAACCCCCUUUACCCCCCUUGGACAGACCACCCCUGCUUUCCCCGGUCUGGAUGCCAGUCCCCCGGCCAGUACUCAUGAACUCACCAUUCCCAAUGAUCUAAUAGGCUGCAUAAUCGGGCGCCAGGGAACCAAAAUCAACGAGAUCCGUCAGAUGUCUGGAGCGCAGAUCAAAAUCGCUAACGCCAUGGAAGGGUCAUCGGAGCGCCAGAUUACCAUCACAGGAACCCCCGCCAACAUCAGCCUCGCGCAGUACCUCAUCAACGCAAGGCUGACGUCUGAAGUCACUGGAAUGGGCACUCUCUAAUUUCUACCUAUCAUCCUUCACUGCAUCACAUGACCCCUGAGCCAAUGGCAUUGCACCCAGUUUGUUUUUUCUCUUUCUCUGUACUCGAUUCUCCUGUAUUUUAAGUGAUUAUUGCUCAUUUCUAUUCUAUGAUCUCUGCAUAUUUAAAAAAAAAAAGGAAAUAAUAAUAAUUCUCCGGUUCAAUGUCGUUCCUGCUGGUUCCCACGUUGUUAUCUUGAUGCUCCCUGGUUUCUCCUGACCUCUUGAUUUCCAAGGACACUUUACUUUUUUUGACACUCUAGUACCUUUCAUGUCACUCACUGGUGCUCGUUCUUCUUUGCCAUAGAUUUUCACUGUGAAUUCACAUCGUUCAUGGUAUUUGUUGGUUGUGUUGUAACUGUUGUUUUUUUAUUUUCCUUUUCAAUCUAUAUUCUCCUGUGAGAUCUGCUCAUUACUGCUGCUGCUGAGUUCCUCGCAAAAUUAAAUCUCGAUUAUUGGGGGUGUAAUGGUUCAUUAAACUCACAGGUCAGUACACACAUACACGAAAAGCCACAGUAGAGGAAAAUGCAACAAAAUCCAAAAUGCGUCAAAACUGUCAUCUAGGUUUCUUUCUACUGAUUUAACUUGGCCACUAACAAUUCGUUCCACCUAGUAUCAGAUAACGGCCUCUUAAGGUAGUUGAUACAGCCUGCAGAGCAUAAAUGUUUGCAACCUACUGUCAAACACAGAUCCACCAUAAUUUAAUGAAUUGAAAUAUGAUUAAAAAAGGUCAGAACCGUCAACUCAGUAUUAGUUGUUUCACCUCAAAUAGAACAAUAAGUGAUAAAAAAUAAUUUAAAAAAACUGAAAGGAUGUGAGUCAUUUUCUCUAUGAGAGAAAGCAUGAAGAAAGUUGGACCAACCCAAAAAGCCCUUUUAACAAGUUCAGAAGCUCGCAUACUUUCUGCAGUUCAUUUUGUCUUUUGAAAACACUCCACAACUGCAGGUGGUGCUGUGACAUUUUACAAUGUUAAGUUCCAUGACAUAUGUGUCACAAUAACUCCCCUCAACAUGCUAUUUGCAAUCAUUAAGUCCCCUGGGAGCAAUGCUAAAAUCACUAUUACAAACUGUACAACAGGCAAGACUUUUAUUUAUUUUUUAUUUUUUUUUAACAGACAUGGAUAUACUUUAGAGUAGUCAGAGGUGAAAUGAGUUUUGAUGGGAGCCAUGAUGCUCUUACUUUUCUUACUCACUAAACACAUCCUGCCCGCCCACACUAAAAACUGACUGGCUGACUCAUGGACUCUUUGCAGAGAACAGGCCAAUCAGAACCCUCUCUGUUUUGCAUGAGCUUCAUGAAUAUGCAUAAGAGGGGAGCACCUGUCUCUCCCUCUCCCUCUCUUUCACACACGCGAUUGGGGAAAAAGGUCUAUGUUGCCUACAUGCGCAUUUGUGUUCACUCUUGGGCCACUCGUUCUAGAUUCUGCGAAGUUUUAUCUGAUUUUUGGGCAUCAGGAAAGUCGUUAUUAAUAUGGGGUAGACUCCCGCAACUUCCGGGAGACAUGGGAAAUCUGCAUUGUUGGUCCAAAGCCAGGCAAAUGCUGUCUCCACUAGAAGUAUGCUGAAGCCAUAUGGGAUAGACGACACCCAUUCAGAUGACUGUUAACUCAGAAAUCCACACGCCUAUCCCACAAUCCAAACUUCAAGCGGUUUACUGUUUAAGGUUUCUGGGUGGAACUCAUUCAACGUUCACAUUACACUCAUCAAUCUCAAUCCACCUCGUGGACGCUUUUGUUAAUAGCUCUGUACAACUGCGCGCACAAACACACGUACCAUUACACCCCUAAUGAUUAGUAAAGCAAACAGGCCUGCGGUUUGUCUUAGUGGAACCAAAGGCUUUCAGCUUAUACAGCAGGUAGCAGUGACAGCAGUGCCCCUCACACCUGAAUUGCCUAGAGACUGCUGCUGCACUCCUGCUGCAUUUUUACACGGCUGUCCCAGCACUUUGCAGCACGACACAACACACACACACACACACACAGACUGUUCUUUAUCAGCCCGAGUCCUGCGUUCACUUUCAGAGCUGCUGACAACAACAAAAAGCAUACACAAAAUAAAUACCUACAUAAAGAGCCUGCGUUAAAAACGAUACGAUACAAGCUGUACUGCUGAACAGUGUUUACUGUGUUAUUUAAAGCACGGUCAGAGGUCUGUUUCAGCCAUCACUAGAAAUGUAACUUGAAUAGAGAACUCCUUCAUAGUCUAUUUUCAUACACAGUAUCUUUGUAAAAGCUGGUCUUCGAUAUCUUACAAAGUGAAAAUGCUAAAAAAAAGAGAAAAAUGAAUGGUUGCUGGUAGCUUUUAAAGUGAACAGAGAUUUGCUGAUAAUGAAAACUAUUCUAUUUCCCCUAUUUCCCCAUUCCCCCUACUGAGACUCCCUAUACUCUUGGAAGCAAAAGAAGGUGCUUCAGAUGGUUCUUGGAGGGAAGGAAGGGUUGCCACAGAAAGAAAAAAAAUCACUUUUGGUCUAGUCUUAAGAUUGAAUAACUUUUCUUAUAAUGUUUCUAUAGGUAUGUUCAUACUAUUUGCAACUUUGUUUUUGAUUAAAAUGAACUCAAGUGAGAUUGCUCUGUUGGUGCGGAUCAUCUGUGCCAGUGUAAACUCAACCUUUUAAACUCUUUUAAACUGCACCAAAUGUGCGGACCACGGCUGAUAGACCAUUUCUAAACUAACUCUGGUGUGGUUUGUACCAAGUCUAAACACAAUAUCAACCAAAAGCAUCUAAACAAACCAAAUGAAAGUCGUGAGGUCACAUGAUAGGUGUGUUAUAGACAAUCUUGCGUCUAGAACCCCUGUGCAGAUUGUCACAAUGUUCUAUGAUAUAACGUCUUCUGUCUGAUGCUUUUUUUCAGCAGGGCUGCGUCCCAAACCACAUGAAAACACUACACAGUGUUUCAAAACACCACUAGAAUUACUUCAUUAGUGUAUUUGCCUCAGUAAAGAAAAAACAUGUUGGCAAGUUGGGAUACAGCCCUGCUGUUUAGGUUUGAUUUCAUUGUUUUUCUCUGCUAGACUUUUUGUGUGUAUCACGCAAAGUCCUGCAGACACAACUAUUUUGAAAAUCAAAAAAGUGCACCACAUCUCACCUUUUUCCUCCUAAUUUUGGUCUAAUUGUAAAUAUGUCAGUGUGAACACAAACCAACCCAGAGCUGUGUAAAGACUGAAGAACAUACUAAAGGUCUAAAAUCUUCUAUUUUUUCCUAAUUUGUUAUUUCCAGUAUGGUUCUCUAUGCAAACAAAAGUGGUUCUUCUAUGGCAUCACACAAAGAACAAUUUAAAGCACCUACUUCACAUACCAGAGUAUGUGUGGAAGUCUGUCAUACCUUCUACCUUCUAACAGUACAUGCAUCACCCUUGUUUGUUUGUUUGUUUCACAUGUUGUUCUCCAGUCGUUCCACCAAAACCCAGUCAGUUAUCCAAUCAGUCAUGUCUCGCAUGUUCCUGCAUACCUGACAUGCAGGCGAAAGGCUGUUCUCUGUUCUCCUGACAGCUGUUUGAACAUGCGAGCCAGCGUGCAACACGUGCGACUGCCAGCGAUAACAUCGCUUCAGCACGGCAGUACGUUUCUCCAUACGGCACCACAUCCAUCAGUGUAGGAUCAGCCUGCUUUAGCACUGCUGCUGCUGCUGCUGCUGCUUUUAGAGUCAGGGUUCAAAUAGAACUUGAUGGUUUCACCUUCCUGGGUGAGCUUUUUCCAAAACAUCACAGCACAGCAAUCCUCAGAAGAUGGCGAGGAGAGUGUUGCUUUUAUCUCUCUCUCUGAUACAGAAGCGUCUCUGAGCUGAAUCCUGCAGGGCUUCUGGGUAACCGGGCCUUAGUCUGCCUCCCUGCUUGUCAGUUUUUCUUUCGUUUACCUUUCUUUUUCCUUUUUUUUUUUUUUUUUUUUUAAAAUCCAGACCACUGUGGAUCGCUUGUUUUCGUUUACCAAAGGUGGCUGGGCUGCUGGCUUUCCUUUUGUCUCCUUUUUUUGGCUUCACUGUAGCUGUACUUCAAUGUAGCUGAACAUCAUGUGUAUCAAAAAGCACAUCUUUAUUAAUAGAUUGAAAUACUAGAUUAUCUUAAAGGACACAAUCAUGUCAGUAUUAGGACCAUAGACUGUAUAUAAUAGUGAACUGGAUGAUCAGGGUUUAUAAGUGGCUGCAGUACGAAUUUAACCCUAUUUUCAAUCCCACGUAAGUAAAUAGAGCAGAAAAAUUUUAACAUUUAAUUGAAAAAGGGGUAAAAUUAAACAUUUUGCCAGUUGUGUUCAAAUUUAGCAAGCUCCCAGUUAUGCCCCCUAUGUUCAUCGUCAGAAUGACCAUGUUUUCUAGGAGAUAUUUGGUGGUCAAGCAAUAAAGUAAUCGCCAGCUCUGGCCAAGUUGAUGGACAGAUAAUAUUGACUGUCUGAUAUAGUAAAGAUGCAGGUAUUUUAAAACAAUAAAUGGCAAGAUAUAGUAAGAUCAAGGUAUAUCAACGCAUAGUGGGCUUGCCACCUAAAAUAUUUGGAUGACAAGCUGGUAUUUUGGCCAGCUUUUGUUUCUAAACCUUCGCAAUGGGUCUGACCAGGACAUACUGUCCACUCUUAGGCUCGAUCCACAUGAAUCCGGAUAUUUUGAAAAACUCCAUUCACACGAAAACGCCUUUCCACUAAAAAACGCUGAAAUUAACAUUUUAAUGCAAGGUCCAAGCAUUUCACUCAAUGACACAAGGAAUUCUCUAAACAUUCAGAGGUUUUCUCAACACUCCUCAUCAACAACUACUUCAUUUUCACUACAAUUGUCCCACUAGGUGCUUGUUCUUCCAGGUCUGGUCCAGAAUCUCUGUUCAUGAUAAGGUAAGGUUUGUACCUCUGAACUGGAGAAUCGGAAAAAACUGCACACAGCUCGUGUUGGUGCCUCCGCUGUGUUAGGUAAUGUGAGAGUAACAUUAAAUUAAGCUGUGAACAUGUUAUUAAUCUGCAAGAGAGAACAGAGAAAAUAGAAUCAAUCCAGGUGCUUUCCUUGUUUUUAUGCGACGUCACCUUUUUCAAAAAGCUUCGUUUUCCUCCCGUCCACACAGCUCUGCUGGUAGCUUAAUUUUCAUGUGGACGGUAGGUCAAAACGGAGACAAAAACCUAUGUUUUUUUUUUUUAAUAUCCAGAUUCAUGUGGACGGGGCUUUAUAUACAGUCUAUGAUUAUGACUCAAACAGUACAAUCCUAGAAGAUCCCAGUACCUUAACUGUUUUUAAUCUCUUGUAUUUCUCGUUGAUGUUGAGACCCUUUCAGAGCCACAUGUAGCAUUUUCUCAAUGGUUUGAACUGGCUGGCCACCUCAUCCUCCAACCACUGGUCUUCGCUUCCCCCAUCCAAAAAAAACUAAAAUGGACCUAAACUAACUGUUUUAUCCUCUACACUGAUCUGCUGAUCCUGAGAGAUUUGAUUCUGAGAGUUGAAUGUAAUUUAUAAAUCUUAAUUUCCCGAAGCACUGACCAUUCACCACUCUUUAAACUGGUUUCCACAGAGUUCCUGUUUCUCUCUAUGUAAUCACACUGCUCCGAAAUUUGCUGCAAAAUGUGUACUCAAUGCUCCGAAGAUGGAUCCCUUUCUGGCCUGGUUUUCUAGACUCAGAUUUCCUCUAUUUUUUUUAGGCUAGUCUGAAUUAGAUUAGAUUACUGCACUGUCAGUACUAAUGUGCUAUUAAAAAACAAAACAAAAAAAAAAACACUUAGGCUUGAUCUAAGUCUGGAAAACUCGCAGAUGUAUGAUAAUUCUUAGAAAACCAGAUAUAAGAUAAGCUAGUCAAUAAGCUACGAAGCUAAUAAGAUACCGUGUUGAGGGCCUGACACUAGACACUGGAGCCGCCCUACCACCACACUGUGGAACAGCAUGAUUUAAUGAUGAAGAUAUGCAACUGAAUGUUAAUCCACCACACGACACCUUUUUCCGAGGUGAUUAGGUUCGAGUCUAAAGUUUUUAUAGUUUAUUCAUGAGUUGUACAUGAGUUGUUUUGAGCUGAGAGCUUGUAAACUAUUGUCAUUUUUAAGGAGGGGAUAAAAGGUAUGCACACAAUCAUCUUAGGACAGUGGUGCACACGGCCGAGAUGAUAACACUGUCGCUUUAAAACGGCUACGUUAACUGAGAUUACGUUCUAGUUUUUGUCUGUGUUAUAGCUUUAUUUCAUUUGUCUCAGUUUCGUUAUGUUUUGCACUUGAGUUGAGUUGAGCUGUAGGACUUUGUGUCAGUGUCUUAGGCUGUUUUAAAUCAUUACAUUACGUUAGAUUGUAUGUUUUUAACAAGACUGUGUCUUGUACUCUUUGUAUGGAAUGUUCUAUUUGUUCUAUUAUUAUGUUUUGGUCUAUAACGUGCAGUACUGUAGCUCAUUGUACAGAAGCAUAAUACUCUCACAGCAUGCUUCAGAACUGUGACUCUUCCAAAAAAAAAAGCUUCACGCUUUGCCAAGGGAGGAAGUAUACCACCUUUUUUUGUUCAUUAUUAUUAUGAAUAUUAUUAUUAUUACAAAUGCAAUAAAGUAAUCGAGUUAGGAAUACUGCAAUGAUGCAAUGAACUUUUAAAUGCAAACAUGUUCAAAGUUGCUUUUCUCUUUAAACUUCUCUCUAAGCUUUUGUGCUUUCAUUCAUCAUCUCUGUCCAUCAUUACAUCGCUCUGCAUUUUCUUGUCUUCAUUAGUCACACACUGUAUUUGCACAUGUAUUUGCAACUUCAGUAACACGUAUUAACUCAUUGCAGACGUUUACAUUCGCAGACGUCUGAUUCAUAUAAAUCCAUAUAAUUUAUAUUCUUUGUUCAUAUAGUUUGAUUUUUUUUCAUUGUACUAGAGCAGCAAAAAAAAAACAAGGGCCCUUUCCUGUUUGUGCUUCUGUAAAUUAUGCUGUUUGGAAAUGUAAUAAAGUAAUUAUUUAACAUUGGAUAAUUCGCUGCUUGCAGGUCUGUAUUAGUUUUAAAUUACUGAGGUUAGGUUACCUUUGAAAUGUUUUGUAAAAGGAGAAAAAUAAAGAUUCUUUUUCCCUUGA